AUGUUUCCCCGGCUAAUUUGUCUCAAUGAUUAUGAACAACAUGCUAAAUUAGUACUACAGAAGUCUAUAUAUGACUAUUAUAGGUCUGGGGCAAAUGAUCAGGAAACCUUGGCUGAUAAUAUUGCAGCAUUUUCCAGAUGGAAGCUAUAUCCACGGAUGCUCCGGAAUGUUGCAGAAAUAGAUCUGUCGACGUCUGUUUUAGGACAGCCGGUUAGCAUGCCAAUAUGCGUUGGAGCUACCGCCAUGCAAUGUAUGGCUCAUAUGGAUGGGGAACUUGCAACUGUACGAGCCUGCCGGUCAAUGGGCACUGGUAUGAUGUUAAGCUCCUGGGCAACCUCGUCAAUUGAAGAAGUGGCAGAGGCUGGUUCCAAUACACUUCGCUGGCUACAACUCUACAUCUACAAGGACCGUGAGGUCACCAAGCAGCUAGUGCGACGGGCUGAGCGGAUGGGCUACAAGGCUAUAUUUGUGACAGUGGACACACCUUAUCUUGGUAACCGCUUUGAUGACGUGCGUAACAGGUUCAAGCUGCCGCCACAACUCAGGCAGGAGGCAUUCUCAAACCUUAGAGCCUUCACAUCCCUUCUGCCUAGAAAGGCUUUCGGCAAAUCAGCAGGUACUAAGGGAUAUGUGUAUACAUGGGAUAUUCAGCCUCAUUUUGACUGGGAUGCUGAGACUUCUAAGCCUCAGUUAUGCUGAGUUGUUGCUUCUACAUGAUUAAUCUUGUUCUUUCCAGGUGACGAUGCCAAGCAGGCAGUUAAACAUGGUGUGGAUGGGAUCUUGGUAUCAAAUCAUGGGGCUCGACAGCUUGAUGGAGUGCUGGCCACCAUUGAUGCCCUGCCAGAAAUUGUGGAGGCUGUGGAAGGGAAGGUGGAAGUUUUCCUGGACGGCGGGGUGCGGAAAGGCACAGAUGUUCUCAAAGCUCUGGCUCUGGGGGCCAAGGCUGUGUUUGUAGGGAGACCAAUAAUAUGGGGCUUGGCUUCCCAGGGAGAGAAAGGUGUCCAAAAUGUCCUGGAGAUACUAAAAGAAGAAUUCCAUUUGGCUAUGGCCCUCAGUGGGUGCCAGAAUGUGAAAGCCAUCGACAAGACAUUGGUGAGGAAAAAUCCUUUGAGUGUUUCCAAGAUCUGA